AUGUGUAUUUCAGUGUACACAUCUCGUAAAUGUAGAUCCGGAGUAGGAAGUUCAAACAAUAAAAUCGACUGUGCAGCUCAAGUGGUGUAA